AUCUGUUAGUGUCAGACGGAUCAGCUGUGAAAAUGGGAUUAAUAAAUAUUACAAAAUUAUUUUAAAAUUAGUUGAUUUAUUUGUUGUUUAGUUAUAAAUAUCUGUCUCAGCCAUAUUUGUUGCAAUAUUUAAUGAAUAUUCUGAAAACUAACUUGUCAAAUUGGUAAAAAUGAGUGAUAAAAAUAAUGAGAAACCAGGAGAAGGUUUAAGAUCUUUAAGGUCUACAACAGCCUUUCGUGUUAUCAAUUUUGAAUUGUAUGCAAAACCUAAUAUUGUUAUAAUGGGCUUGGGUAUCACAUGUUUUGGUUUAGCCCUUGGUUAUAUUGCCUAUAUGAGACAAAAAUACGAGUCCAUGGGCUACUACUCCGCAGUCGAUAAAGAUGGCAAGGAAGUUUUUGAAAAGAAGAAAUCUAAAUGGGAUUAGUUCAAAUGUACAAAUUGUAAUAAGUUAUAUUUAGUUUAAAGAAUUCUAGAAAUAAA